AUGGCAUGUCUUGAUCCAAGAGAUUCUUUCUCCCAAUUCGACAUUAAUCAACUCAUGCGUUUUACUACUUGGUACCCUGAAGACUUCUCCGCAGCUCUAGCUUCUGUUGAGAGAGCAUUUUCUGCAAUGAAGCUCGUCAAAAGUGAUUUGCGAAAUCGUAUGCAGGACGAGUGGAUGAAUGACAGUUUGAUCGUGUACAUUGAAAAGGAUAUUUUCUCAACAAUUGAUAAUGAGAAGAUAUUGCAACGUUUUCAGUCGAUGAGUACACGUCGCAAUCAAUUGUCAUCACUUUCUCAAACAGAAAACAACUAG